AUGACCUCCAUUGGAAAGGAUUAUUACCCCGAGAACCCUACUGUUGCGCCUUUGAAACCAGGAGAAUUUGUUCCCAGUGCCACAUAUAUCGAGCGCGGGCAGCGAUGGAUGGAGAAGGAAGAGGCUGUCUCACUUCGUGAGGCAAUGGAUGCUAUGGAUGCCAUGAAUGUGAAGGAUGGGGACAAGGAUAAGCAAGGAGAUGGAGAGCAACAGGACGACGAUGAAUCUCGACUCUACAAUGCGGCUCUCGAUGAGGCGGCGGAAUUGGUCUGGCAGCAUCAACACGGAAUAAAGCCCCCUGAACCAGGUGCUCCGUACCGAUAUAAAUCCCACCUGCGAAAGGAUAGUUACGCUCAUGCUCGUGCCGCUAGUGCCGGACGGUAUGGUAAUGAGAUCAGUCCUACUGGGCUCGCGAGGGACUCCAUUCGGUCAUUCUCUGGUAGUUCGUCAGGUAGCGACAGGGCGCACUCGCCAGUGAGUGGACGCACAAGUAUGGACCAGCAACGUACCUAUUCCAUCGGAUCGACCAAGUCGAAAUCGAAAUCGUACGGCAGUAUGGGUAGUGCGGCACGUUCGAGUUCUGGUGGCCGACGUCUUAGCAGCUUGAAGCGCAAUAUAAGCGGGGAGAUUGAGAAACCCUUCUCAGGCGACCAAAUAUGGGAAGAGCCAGAAACCAUUACGCCUGAACGGUCCCCAAAACGAACUCAACCGUCAGACAAAUCGCCACAGAAAUCGCCACAGAAGUCACCACAGAAGUCACAACCCCUAGGACUUAAGUCAAGAGGCAUUCCCAACAGGGUUCAAUUCGCGCCCGCCUCGGUUGAGGACGAUCCAGACGAUACUCCAUCGUCAGUGCCCGCCAAGCCUGUGUCAAGAUUCGAAAUCCACAAGAAUCCUCCAUCACAAUCUCGCAACCCGGCCUACACCACAAAUACGCCGUUAGAGUCGCCACCGAAGCCUCAGGAAAUUCAGACGAAGCAUGGUAUGGAGAUUCGGGGCGAUGAUAUUAGAUUGGCAACCACUAUGCGGCUCAAGGACCGCAGUGCGAAGCUCCCCACGCCGUCGGCCGUCAGCGACAGCCCCGGGCGUCCAAUCGUAAGCUUUGAUAAAAACUGGAAGCCCCCAGAGGAAGAGGCGACUGAUUCAAAAUUAGAAGAGUCCAAGCCCAGCAGCCACCGAUCUUUCGGGGUCGUCGGUAAAGAGCGUCCGGGCCAAAAUCCGCAGCCACCUGUCCCUACUAUCUCAGUUUUGCCGGAUACUGAAGUUCCGAAGCCGUCGUCAGCGUCGCGGCCAUCCGGUAACACGCCGGCCAUCCCAAGUAUCCAGAUAGGCGGGGCGGACGACGGUCCACAGGUACCGAUGAUCUCUGUCUCAGAUGACGGCCCGGCCGUCCCAACUAUCGUACUACCAGGAGAUGACGAUGACUAUAAUAACAAAGCCCCCAAUGUACCAACUAUAGUUGCCCCUGAUAGCGGUAGAAAGCCUUCCGCUAGACCCUUACCAAACCCCAAAGCACUCAAUAACACGCAAGAUCGCCGCCGAAGCCAUUGGUCUCCGGCACCAGGAGUGACCGGCCGUCGCGCGACGGCGAUCUGUCAUGAGUGCGGAUUUCCCAUCGAAGGCCGCUUCGUAGCCUUGGCCGGAGCCUCGGAACGGUUCCACCCGCAAUGCUUCCGGUGCUACUGCUGCGGCACAGCUCUCGAAGCGCUCGAAAUCAGCCCUGAGCCGGAUAAUUUCCGGGGCGAACGACUCGACCGAAUCCGACGCAGAGCCGCAGGCGAAAUCCUCGACGAGGAACCGGGGAAGACGAUGGCAGAAGACGGGGAUGCGCGACUGCGCUUCUACUGCCAUCUAGACUGGCACGAACUCUUCGCGCCGCGCUGCAAACACUGUAAGACGCCCAUCUUAGGCGAGCACAUGGUAGCACUAGGCGCACACUGGCACUACGGACACUUCUUCUGCGCUGAGUGCGGCGACCCGUUCGACCAGAAAGCGACGCACAUUGAGAAGGACGGGUACGCGUGGUGCGUAAGUUGCCAGACGAAGCGGACGGAGCGACGAGCGCCCAAGUGCCGUGCGUGUCGGCGUGCCGUCAUCGGUUCGUACGUGCGCGCUUUGGGAGGCGAGUGGCACGACGAGUGUUUCCGGUGCGCGUCGUGCGGCGGCGGCUUCGACGACGGUCAGAUCUUCCCCAUGCCCGAGCGCGGCGAGGGCGUCGUGCUGUGCACGAGGUGUCGCGCCGCGGAACUCAAGAUGUGA